UUAAAUCGUCUGAGCAGAAAGGGUCACAGAAGAAUGGCCAGUGUCCAGAACAAGCUGUUUCUGCAGGAAUCUGCUAAGGGACCUGUGAAAAGGCAAAACCAAGGGAAACCUCGAGAAGCAACCCCAAUCAAAAAAAGAGUGAUGGCCUCAAUGAACCUGACAUGCAGAAAGAUCGCUGACUCUUUUGAUGAGUUGUCACAUGUAAGGGUACAUAAUCUAGAGAAGAAAUCAUUGGGUCAUUUGGGAUCCAGCAUUAAUAGGGAGUGUCAACAGGUUCCCAACAGAAGGUAUGGAACAGAUGGUGCUUUGGAUCUAAGCCCAGGUUUGAGACAUACAUUGGCUCAAUUCACGCUAAGUAGCCAGUGUUCUCUUGGUGGCCCUGCUGCAUUUUCUGACCACAACAGCCAGGAUAAGCUUGUGUCUCGCCUGACCCAGGAGGGCACAAUAUGUGGGCCCCUACUGGUGCCUCCUGACAGUUCCACGGAGCUUGUUCUCUGUAAUCUAGAGGGUGAAUGCAUUUCUUGCUUCUCGGUGGGAGGUGAGCUGCGACUGUGCCUACCGCAGGUGCUAAACACUGUCUUGAGGGACUUCUCUUUGCAUCAGAUCAACUCUGUUUGCGACCAGCUGUACGUUUACUGCUCCCGCUGUGACGCUGCACAGCUGCAUGUCCUCAAAGUGUUGGGGGUGUUGCCUCUUGGUGCUCCAUCGUGUGGACUCAUCACUCUAACCGAUGCCCAACGUCUCUGCAAUGCCCUGCUCCAUCCAGGCGAUAAUCCUACACUCUUUCCACUUAAAGAACAAGGGAGAGAUGGAGAAGAGGAAGAAGAGGAGGUUGAUGCCGGCGGGCUUUGGGUGGAGCAUCAGUGUCUGGGCAAGUGCCAAGGCGUCUUUGUGCCACAUCUUUAUGCCUGCCCCGACGCGCCCUGUAUCCGCUGCUCACAAUGCAGGUUGCUCUUCUCCCCGAAGCGAUUUGUCAUGCACUCACACAGACAGCCCGACAAACGUACAUGCCACUGGGGUUUCGACUCAGCCAAGUGGGCCUGCUACCUUCAGCUUGGAUCCAAGCACCGGGGGACAGCAGAUAAAGCGAAAAACACACAGCUCCUUGAGAACAUGAAAUUAAAAUUUCACAACAACCAGCGUGAGAUGAAGCUGCUUAAUUCUGAGACAGGACAAACAAAGCAAGGACUAGAUCAUCAACUUCAGAAGGGAAAGCCACAUGAGAGUAACUUGGAGGAGAAGGCUGAAUCUUCCCCUGCCUUUUGUUUUGAUCCCCAACUGCUGGCCAACAUGAAGGAUUUGAGUAAACUUGGCCUAAUGUGGCAAAGCUGGUACCAUUAUAUGCACGACAACCUGAUUGGCUCUGCCCCGUCUCUGAGCCCGGGCUGUGUGGUUGGAAAGCAAAAUAAGGAAGAGAGCUCAGAGUCCGAGAUGCAGGAGAAUCCGCUCAAACAGGAGAGCAGUCAGGAGGCUGACGAACAGUCUCAAAAUCACUACAGCGCUGACCAGAACACAUCUCCUGAGACAGGGAGUAUGACAGUGCGCUCAGCAGCUGUCCAGUCUGAACAUGAGGGUUCAGACAAGUGGCAGAAGGAGAAGGUCUCCAUAGAAACACAGCUGUAUAAAAGGCUUUGCAACACUGUGCAUGUGGAGGAGAACAACAACACCAUGGUGAUUGAGCUGCUUCAAAUGUACAGCGCUCAACAUAAUAAACUUCAGUCAACACUGCAGAAGCAGAGGCAGCUGGAAAAGGAGCUUCAGGUUUUGGGUAGGGAUGAAGCUGCUGAUCAGUGCAGCUUGCAGGGGGAGCUGGAGGCGGUGCAGACUGAGCAUGCUCAGAGGCUGGGGGAGGUGCAGCAGGAGCAGAAGAAGCUGAAGAACAGGCUAGAACAGCUAAGAAAUCAGAGCUGCAGGUGUAAAGAGACCAAAGUGGAGCAGCAUCAGGAAACCCACUACGCCGUACAGUUAUCAGAACUCAGGCAGAGGCUGGACCGUGCUGAGGAGGAUCGUGUGGAGCUCCAGGAGCAGCUGCGUCGGGAGAGGGAGGCCAGGGAGAAGUUAGAACGCACCAUUGCGCAGCUCAAACAGCAGAUGAAGGAGUCUGUUGCUCCAGCCUGCCCAGCAAGCCCUCUCUCAACAACCUCCAGUGAGCUGCAAAUGUCCCCUUCUCCCUAGUAGGAUCCUGGCUUGACCCUAACUCCUGUGACCGGUGAUUCUGGGUGACUUUUGAAAC